AUCUUACCUCUUCGUACUUCUGGGCAGCCCCCGGAGCUGCGCGGCAGCCUCCUUUCCCCCUCAGCGUCUUCUUUUCAACCUUCUCCCUGUAUUGACUUGUGUCUACGAGAUUGCCAGACCUAGGGAGGCAGUAUAAGAAGGGUCGCUUGCAAUCUGGCAUUCCUCAACGUCCUGGGCGCAGCAAGGCCACUACUUUACUGCCGCUGUUAAUAGAGCGGAGAAUUGCUUGCUGCGCCCUCGCUACGCGUCCAACCGAACCGCUUCCCCGGCUAAAAAGAGAGGUCCGUACGUCGUCGGUCACUCCGUCUUUGCUGUCACCCCCGGUCCUUCUUGGCAAACACAGGCACGCAAACGCAAACGACGAGGAAACAAUUUGGGUCAAACCCCGUGCUGAGCGUGCGCAGAGGAUAAUAUAAUAUAACAACCGCCUCCCACGAGCUCUCGCUUGCCCUUCAAACCAGCCUGACGCUUGUGGUGCUCACCUCAAGGCAGCAAGGGAUGGCCUCUUACUCACCAACGGAAUCUUUCACUGAUUCAUCGCCAUCUACAUCGACUCCCGGCCGUCUGGUCAUCCCAGAUCGACCCUGUCCGCAUGGCUACCUUGCGAAUCCCCAUCAAGAAGCAAAGCAAAGAGGAUGGAAUGCCUUCUACGGAUUGCUCUCGUCUCCGCCAGAGAUAUUUCAGAAUCUCGGCGAAAAAGCAGGGGUGGCUCGCUAUCGUUGCGUUGAUCCCUCAUUACAGAUGACUACGCUGGACACUCUCAAGGGUACCGUCUAUAUGGAAGGUGUCAAGCCAGUAGACGUCUUCAGUUGCAUUCACCAAGCCGCAUAUCGACUGAUAUGGGAUACAAGAUUAGCCUCGGCUUCUAUUAUCGAACGGUAUAGCCAGACAGAAUUCAUCUUCUACCUGGUCACAAGGGGAAUAGGUCCCAUCUACUGGGAGAGAGACGUAGUCGGCUGUCAAUUCUCGCGUUCUUAUCUCGCUGACGGAUCGAUGGCGGAGGACAUCGUCAUGGCGGAUUGCCCCCUUGUGGACAUCAUGUGGACAAACGUGGAGCGGCCGGAUAUUGGUCCACAGGAGGGUAAGAUGAGAGCGCAGAUAACCCUGGCAGGAUACCGGAUAGAAGCAAGGGGAAACGGCUGUCAAGUGACCUACUUUGUCUCCAUCGACUUGGCCGUUCCCAUUCCCGCUUUCAUCCGCAAGGCACUCUGUAACGACCUUCCCGUCGCCCUCGCCCGGCUGCGAGACGCCAUACCUACCUUUGGCGUUCCUCCGUAUGUUCUAGAUCAUCAACGGUGUAUUGCUCUCCAGCAACACUACUGGGAUCCAGAGACGAGAGUGAGCGUCAUCAUCGCGGUGACUACCUCUCCAGGGACGUUUGUAAUCAUGUUGGACAGCAUGAGGAUGUAUCCCUCUGGCAUUCUGAUGCCAACAAUCACAGGGCAAGGCGCAACCUCUGUGACCAUCCAAGAAGCCUUUACAGGCGAUCGCAUUUUCGUCCACCUUAGCGAAUCAGGUCUCUUCCAAGAGUGGAUCCUGACGUUCGAGCCAAGGGAUCAGGAUCCAGAGCCGACAGAUCAGAGUAGCUGGUGGUAGCAAACGACGGAGAAAAGGGAUACCAAAAAAAUUAGAUGUAGCGGUCAAAAGGAGUUUGACGACGACACUGUAGUUUACUUGUUAAUAUUUUUCCCCACUCCCCCGCCAUUCCCACCCUGCCUAAACUCUUCACGCUCGCCUUUGCCACUUACCAUUGGCAAGCGAGUAUCUUCUUCGUGUUGUAUAAUGUCCCUCCACGAUUGUGUCUCUCCCAAACGAAAGCAACAUCAGCAUUCUACUAUCC